GGCCAGCGUUCACAGAGAGAAAACCGUCACCUGCCUGUCACUACUCUCGUGCACCCUACACCUGUCGCUGCAGAAGCUCCGCAGCACUCAAUACAAAAAGAGCGCCGCGCUACCUCGACCACCAGAUGAGAGCAAUCGUAUCAUCACAGCCUUUAUAGGUGGACGUCUCCGAUUACUUACUGACCGGUGACACUGGUUUUACCUUCACUUGUUGUGUGACGUACUGGAUUUUGCUUUACAAUACGUGAAGUGAUGUAGUGUAGCUGACAAGAUUUAUCUGUAGGAUGUAAAGAGUUCAUAAACGCAGAGAUAAGACGUAUUUACAGCCGUAUAUGGACUAUUAGAUGUUUGCUUGUUAGCACAUCCACUUCUCAGGCCAACAUGACCAAGGUGAAGACGAAGGUCCUGGUGGUCCUCCUGGUACAAUCUAUAGCAGUUGUUACACUGUGGUUCUGGACCAAGGACUCGGGCACGGACCUGAAGGUUGGGGACUCAGCUAGAGAACUAAAUUAUGAACUGUGGACGAGAGACACGAGCAGAGUACUGAACCUGCAGGAUGACGACGGAACGAAGACCAUCCGUGAGGAGGUGACGGAGAGAAACGAGGAAGGAGAGUCACAUUCAUGGUUGCGAGUGUCCGAGUAUGGACAAGAAAGCUCUUACGUAAACCAUGAAGGGUCACAGUCAGAGCAACACGACAGCCCGAGUUAUGUCAACGAUAACCAAGAAGUCGUUGUCUCUGUAGAAAGUGAACAAAAUGAAACCUACAACCAGGAGACCUUGAUCAUGAACAGUAUACAAAACGGAAAGUCUGUACCAGGAAAUGCGAGGGAACUAGGAGCAGAUCAGGAGGAGCUGUAUGUGGCUAGAUAUCUCAGACAACGACGAGAGCUGAUCAAAACCACUUGUGAGAGGCUUCACCCAAGCUGCUCCCUGAACUCACCGCUCGUGAGCAGGAACUACUACUUCCACAACUAUAGUACCACUGUGUGUACAAUAGCCAAGGCCGGGUCGUCCACCUGGAGGGCACACCUGCGGAGGAUCAACAAGGGACCACCAUCUCACCUGCCCAUCUUCCAGGACCCCCUCAGGGAUGAAUUCCUCGCCCGACCCCGCCCUGACGUUAUCAGGGAUAUCCAGGCCUCAGCCAAGAUUAUAACUGUCAGACAUCCCCUGACGCGCCUGGUGUCCUGCUAUCGCCAGAAAUACAAAGAUGGCAAGAAGCUGCCCUACCACCACACCAACCUCGAGAAGCUCUACCAUAAGACACACGCUGGUGCGUAUUGGUCUGACAAGGUGCACCAGUUCUGGGUGCCCGCCCUCCACAACAAUGGUCUUAUACCUCACGACUUACACCUGCGUCUCGGCCUCCAACAACCCUUUGACCCAAAGACCAAGUACACGACGGAGGUGUAUGAGAAGCUUCAGAAAAUCCUGCAGCCGCGUAUCUCCUUCACACAGUUCCUGAGACACGUGAUAGUCACUUACAGGGACAACAAGCCCGACGCCCACUGGGCAGACUACAACAGUCAGUGUUGUCCCUGUUAUUUCGACUACGCGUAUGUGACCAAGGUGGAGACGCUCACGGAGGACCUACAGUACGUCUUCAGGGUGCUGGGACUUCCAUCUGACCCAUCCGUCUCCAUGAACCAACUACGUAGAAAUCUUGACAAACCGUAUAGUGAUUUUUGGUAUUAUAGAAAAGUUCCUGUUUACUUGAAGCGCCAAAUUUAUGAGAUCUUCAAGUUGGACCUGGAAAUGUUUGGGUACCAGUUGCCGCAGAAUUUCUUACCUGACGACUGACACACACACACAUUUAGUAAGUAAUGUGGGUGUCUAGAUGAAAUACCGCUGUCAUCUGUGGACUAGUAAUGAUGUUGUAGCACUCCGCUUCUUCGAUUUGGCGCAGAAAAAAUAUUAAAACAAUCAACAGUAAUGAAAUUAACAGAAAACUUUCAAGACUAGUGUAGUGGCUAAUAACUCUUCCUACAAAUGCUCUGCCUACUCGCACAAGAACCUGGCUAGAGGUCGUCACCCCUUCCUUGAAACAAUGGCUACUGCAAAAAUAAACAUAUUUUUAACUAAAUGAAAAAGGCUUGAGAGCUAGAACCUUAUCACGCAAGAUGUAAGUUCAAAUAUAAUUAUCAUGACCUCAGCAUAUCUAGUUGAGCCCGGAUACUGUCAAUCUCUUACUUUCCUUCAAGUUUCCUCCCUCUUUUCCUUGAUCCUAAACCAAUCCCCCCCCUCCCCCAAACUGCCACCAAAGAACUUCCAAUCCUAAUCCCGGCCCUCCCACCCAGCAUUACAAGCAAUAGCCUUCUACCUUAUCUACAGACGUCAAGUCAAGUCUGCGUUCUCCGCCCGACAACACCAACUCUCCUGAAGCUCCUCAACCACACAGCAACUCUCCAGCAAUCUACAGCAUUUUAUAUACAAUAUACUGUACGUGGAGUUAACGCAAUUUUGAGUUUCCUUUCUCACCUCCAUCCUGAGUACGAGAUCU